AUGGCUGCGCGUGUCACCCACGUAUCGGCGCAAUUAAAUCGAGCUGACUCCGGCUCGGAUGCAUUAAAACGAGCCUACAAUGGAUUUCGUCAAGCCGCAGGGUUUCUUGAAUAUAUCAAGGACAGUUUCAUGUAUGCACCGAGUGAUGAUCUCCAAGGGACCAUGCUUCAGUCGCUUGUUGCACUACUGCUAGCACAAGCUUCAGAAAUAUUCCUGGAGAAAACACUCCACGACGGAAAAGGGGCAGGUCUCAUUGCCAAGCUAGCAAGUCAUACAAGCCACGCUUAUGGCACACUCCAUAGUGAAUGGAGUGAGCCAUCGGCUUCGAGACAUGUUCCUCCCGCCUGGAUCAUUGUGGCGUAUUACAAGUCCCGAUACUUUGCAUCCAUGGCGCAAUUAUAUCGCGCUAAGGUGGAUGCCGCAGCAAAUCAUCAUGCGAUUGCGCUUAGUCGGUAUCGACUGGCUCACACCUUGGCUAAGGAGGCCCACGCCUUCUCACCUUUGGUAAUGCCGAUUCUGAGCUCUCACCUACGAUCUACAUUGCCAAAUGACACAGUGGCGGCGUUACAGCAUAUUUUUAGUGCCCAGGUGGCUGUAUCUUUGGAAGCGCUACGAGAAGCGGAGCGGGAAAAUGACUUGGUAUAUCACGAGCGCGCCCUGGAAGAGGGAGCACUCCCAGCUAUUGAUCAGACAUCUGUGGCUAUGCCGAUUACGAUUCGAGAGACUUUCAGCCAGCCCGAAGUGCAAUCAGUUCUAGGUCCUGAUGUCUUGCGCACUCUUGUCCCUCUUGGUGUGCUGGAAAGUGCAUCAGUUUACUCAGAGGAGCAAGCGAAAUUGAUCCGUGCAGAGAGCGCGCGAGUCGAUGCGGCCAAUGCGCAGAUUUCUGUGUCCCUUUCGGCAUUGCACCUGCCCGAGUCUCUCGAACGAUACGCGAGCUUGGAAGGCGCCGCACCACGUGAAUGUGCUCCCUCCGAAGCUGUGCUUUCGAUGGCGCAAGAGCUUUCUACCGCGCCCCUAACUCGUAUGGAGCGGGUGAUGGAUACCCUGCUGAAGCGCGCUCCGCCGAUUGUGGAUACGAUUCGGGGUGCUUUGGCCGACCUCGACGAUGAUGCUCGCGAAUGUGAGCGUGCUCGUGUCCAGUAUGGAGCCGACUAUACACAGCCUCCGACGGCCAGUGUUGCGCGGACCUUGCGGCGAGAUCUAAAAAAUGCACUGGAUGCACUGGAUGCCGCUCAUGAGAACGAUAGCGAUGUUGUGCAUCUAUGGCAGCAAGUCGCGCCGGAUGUGCGUUUGCUGGUCGCGGGCCCUGCAGAUAUUCGUCAAAUGUACAAAGAGCAGGCGCGCGUGUCGGGUUCGAAGAAUCUCCUGGACGCGGACGUCACAGAUACGGGCCCUGCGCGUGAGCUACUUCGUGAGACGAGGGCUCUACUCGACUCUGUGGCAGCGAUGCCUCAGGAACGCGAGCGUAUGUUGCAGGCGUUCAAACAGCGUGUGCGAAGCGACGACAUCUCGCGGGUCCUGCUGCUCAAUCGGCGUGUGCCGAAUGGAGAGGCCACCGUCUUCCAACAGGAGCUCGGAAAAUACCUUCCAAUGCAGUGUCAAAUCACCGACCACAUCCAGCUCCAGCAGAAACGCAUGGUAAUGCUUAAAGAUGCAUUGCAGCGCCUGGAUUCGCACCCAGGCACCAUGGAUGCGCGGCGAGCGUUUGAUGCCUCUCGGGCGACCGCGCUCGAUGGCGACGCGCGACUCUCGAAAGCUUACGAGGCUUAUACGGAAAUUCAGGCCACUCUGGCCAAGGCCCAUGCUUUUUACGAUGAUAUGGCUAGCCAGGCAGACAUGCUCGCUAGCUCGGCAGCCCGUCUCGUGGCAGAGCGACGCGCUGCGCGCGCCGAUUUUGCCGAGCGACCUGCGUCGUCCGCGGCUCUGGGUUCCUAUCCCACGGCGUCUACAACAUUGGCGGAGGAUUUAGCGGCCCUACAUAUGACAUCAGAGCCUCGCAUGAUGCCGGCGCCCCCGCCAGGACCCGCACUACACUCGACUGCAGAGCGUCGGAACCAGCCAGUGCCACCCCCACGGCCACCCCGGAUAUAG